AUGUGGAUAGAGCCAAAAGAAACCUCUGGAGGGCAGUGGACGGGGUGGGAGGAGGUGAAGCGCAAACGCUACUUCGUGCUGCAGCGGCACUACUCCGCCGACAAACCGAUAGAGCGCCUCGUCUUCGGCUUUCGCUCCCUCGUCUCCCGCUCGCUGUACAUACAACAGCCCUACCGCAUCAUCGUCAGCGUGCGACCAUACUAUGCCAUCGCGUUGGGCGCCAACCUCAAAGAGAUUUUGGAGCACUGGAAGUGGGUGAACAAACACCUGGCCAAGACCGGCCGGUUGGACGCGGUUGAAGAGAAGGAGGCCCUCGCCUUCCUCAACUACAUCUUCAGCCUCCUCGCCACCGGCAAGGAGGACAAGGCGAAGCAGCUGCUGCUGCCCGAGCCGCAGCCGAUGAAGCUUCCCACGGUGGUGCCCGAGGAGUCCGAACCAGCUUCCACGACCACCAUCACCAUCACCUCCGACACAACCUUCUCCUCGGAGGACUCGCUCCAGCACUCCACCACUUUUGACUCUUGUUCUUCCUUCACUUCUUCUUCCGCCUCUGAGUCCUCUACUUCCACUGCCACUUCUUCAUCAUCGUCCUCCCACGUCCUGUCCACCCGCACGCCAUCAUCGACGAUGACGAUGACGAGUUCGAGCUCCACCGACAAAGUGGCCCCGGAGACCGGGAACGCCAGCGACAACGACGACGACGACCUGUGCAAGCUGUGCUUCGAGUCCCCCAUCGACACCGUCAUCCUCGACUGCGGCCACGCCCUGCUCUGCGCCCGGUGUGCGGACGAGCUGCGGAUCGACGCCGGCUGCCCCGUGUGCCGAAGUCCCAUCCGCUGCGUCCAAAAGAUGUACAAAUGCUGA